UAAGACAAUGGAUGAAGCUAUUGAGGAAGGCUAUGAAAUCACGGAACGUCCAGAGGGCCCAAUGCCUGAGCUGGUGCUUUUAUGCCCAAAGGAGCAAAAAUGCCUCUGCCUGUUCUACGAUAAAGACACGGGUCAUAUUGCUGGCUUGAAUAUUGGUAUACGUAAAGAUGCAGUGUACAAUGCCACAUUUGACUGGGAGGAACAGGGAUGGACUGAUUGGGAGGUCCCUUCAGAAGAUGGGAAUACCGUCUCAUACCUGAGCAUACAGCAGUUUUAUUGCUCUCCAGAGUUUGUAAAGAAGACUCCUGAAGAGCGUAUCGCUUCCCGCAAGGCAAACAAGAUGCUGCCAGAGAAUGCUAUAUGGUUAUCAGGCUUUAAUAAGCACAUAGACCGUAUUUCUACUUCUCAGGAUGAAGUGCUACGUAGUAGUGGCUUCACAGAACAAGGAUUUGUUCCUUUCAUGGGUAAACACCAGUACUACAACAUGAGCUCCUCAACCGAAUGCAGCGGUGAUAAGUUGUAUCCGUGGUUCACAUUAUGUGAUGGAGGCAAAGUAAUAGGAACCGGCUUGAUGAUAUUCGGAAACAUAGACGAUACUAAGAACGGAUGUAAUUAUUUCGAAGAACCUAGCAAAUCUGCUGUUGAGUUUAUAGUAAACAAAGGACCGAAAUGCCUUUACGAUUUGGCUGAAAAACCUGGCGUGAGAACGAUGCACAUAUAUUACAUGGCAUCUCCCUGGACUAUAGUAUUGCCUUUUGGCAAAUAAUUACAAAGCGGCCAUAAAUAAUUUAACAGUAAGUACCUACCCCCCUAUGGCCCAUGAGCUACUAUUUACCGCCUAGACCAGCAGUCUCCAAUCUACAGCUCGCGGACCAAGACCUACCCGUAACACUGAGUUGAAAAUGCCUGAUAUCCGCCCUGCCAAAGUUUAUGACUACAUUGUAUUUAAUAAUGUGGGAAAGUCGUGCAAAAGUUAAAACAUGCCGUCAAAUGUUACUAUAUACGUAUAUCUUGGAAGUUGGACUAGUGGAGGAAUCAAUGUGGGCCUUAGGCUAAAAAGUUGGAGACCCCUGGCCUAGAUCAUUUAGGCUGAAACAGCCUAGAUGAUCUAGGCCAGGCCAUUAUCAUAAAUUAAAAAAAAUUAUAACUACUCGAGUGAGACUCUGACUUGAAGGGAUCCGUACCAUUGCAUCGCAAUACAUAUUAUGUACUUUAAUUUUUUUUAAUUUAAUCGCGGCCAUUAAAAAUAAAU